UGGUGUUAGAUACUCCGUGGUUUGUCCUUUGAGCGAGUAGAAGGAUUUGGAUCUCAUUUCGCAACAUUUUGUUGUUGCAGCAUAGGAGCACGGGCGCGCUGGGUAGGUAACGGAGUGAAAUCCUGGGAGCCUGAACGCAAAUCGGAGUAGAAACGCUUUCUCACCGUAAUUUAAAUAAUUUUGCACCUUGCUACGAACGAACAUUGCAUCCAGCAUCUACUGAAGUUGAUAGUUUCCGAGCAUUUUCUGAAACAAGCUAGUACAGUAGUUAGCGAACUUACGUUAGUUGCACGAGUCUAGUUGACACCUUUGACCAACAAAAAGCAGAAGUCACAACUUGCAGUUUGAGGGUUGUUCUGCAGGAAUGUCGCUGAAAGAAAGACCCACGUUUUAUCGGCAGGAGGUGAACAAGACGAUUUGGGAGGUACCAGAACGCUACCAGAUGUUGUCUCCAGUCGGGUCCGGGGCCUACGGAUCAGUUUGCUCGUCGUAUGAUGAGAAGUCUGGUCUGAAGAUCGCAGUGAAGAAGCUCUCCCGGCCAUUCCAGUCCAUUAUCCACGCCAAGAGGACCUACAGAGAGCUACGUCUGCUCAAGCACAUGAAACAUGAGAACGUGAUCGGCCUUCUAGAUGUCUUCACACCUGCUACUAGUCUGGAGGAGUUCAAUGACGUGUACCUGGUGACCCACCUGAUGGGGGCAGACCUCAACAACAUAGUCAAGUGUCAGAAACUCACAGACGAUCAUGUGCAGUUCCUCAUAUACCAGAUCCUCCGGGGAUUAAAGUAUAUCCACUCAGCAGAUAUCAUUCACAGAGACCUGAAACCCAGCAACCUGGCUGUGAAUGAGGACUGUGAGCUGAAGAUCCUGGACUUUGGGCUGGCGCGGCACACUGACGACGAGAUGACGGGUUACGUUGCCACACGCUGGUACCGGGCACCAGAGAUCAUGCUGAACUGGAUGCACUACAACAUGACAGUGGACAUUUGGUCUGUGGGAUGCAUCAUGGCUGAACUCCUCACUGGCAGAACGCUGUUUCCCGGUACUGACCAUAUAAACCAGCUUCAGCAGAUAAUGCGUCUGACAGGAACGCCCCCAGUCUCUCUAAUAAGCAGGAUGCCCAGCCACGAGGCCAGGAACUACAUCAACUCCUUGCCACAGAUGCCCAAGAGGAAUUUCUCUGACGUGUUCAUCGGUGCCAACCCACAAGCUGUGGACCUGCUGGAGAAGAUGUUGGUUCUGGACACAGAUGAGAGGAUAACGGCUGCCGAGGCUCUGGCCCACCCCUACUUCUCCCAGUACCAUGACCCUGAUGACGAGCCUGAGGCUGACCCCUACGACCAGAGCUUUGAGAGCCGUGAGCUGGAAAUCGAGGAAUGGAAACGGUUGACCUAUGAGGCGGUGUGCGAUUUUGAGCCACCUAUCUUUGAUGGAGACGACAUGGAAUCGUGAUUGGAUGAUGUGAUUUCUACAAGCCCCUCCCCCUCAGCCCCUACAACUUUAUAUCACUGAGGUUCCCGCUUAUCAUACGACCUUUUGGGAAAACAAUAUCAUCCGAGUGCCUACAAACGUUUGUCUUUUGUUAUAUUUCUUAAGCUGGCGCUCUCUCUCCCCCCAUUCUGACUUGUAAAUGUGUUGCAAGGGAAACGUAACUAACAUGGCCUGGUCCCAGAUCUGUGUUGUGGCAUGACAACGGCCAUGGGAGUUGGCUAUUCAGCACAAACAGAUCUUGGAACAUCAAAAUGAAAAUGUAGGAAAGGAGAUUUUCAAGGACUGAAUAUCUGUAUUUACUACAAUGUAUUUUCAAGGCAGGAACAGAGGCAAGCAACAACCAACCACUAAUACCAUUAUUUGUCCAUUGCUGGAAAAUGCCAUGCUUCUGUUAUUAUUCUGUCUAUAUGUAUGUUUUAAAUGGCACCCUAUUUACUAUAUAGGAAAUAGGGUGCCAUUUGGGAUGAAACCUAUAUUUCAACUACACUGAUCAAAAAUAUAAACGCAACAUAC